GUUAACAGUUAUCUUUUCUGUGGCGGCCUCUCCCCACCCUUCCACACAGUGCAUGAAAGGCUCUUCUGCACGAAUCAGCCCAGAGCUGUGUGGCACAGCACAGGGGGAUGUUCCGCUCUGCUCUACCCUGCCCUGCUACACUCAGCCUGCAUGGGACACCCUCCGGACCCAAGAAGUGGCGUAGCUGCAGCUGCCUCGCGACUAUGUUCCCAGGCCCUGCCCGUUGAGUGCCCAAUCCGCCAGAGCUGAGAAGAGGGCGAGAUGAUGGGACAGACACUGGAGGACGGCGUCGCCACAGAGGAGCUAGAAUGCAAGAUCUGCUACUGCCCCUACAGCCUCUCCAACCGCCGGCCCAAGGUGCUCGAGUGUUGCCAUCGGCUGUGUGCCAAGUGCUUGGCCAAAAUCCUGGACUUGGGGGAGUCACCGCCAAAUGCAAUAGUGUGCCCAUUCUGUCGAUACAUCACCGGUUUGCCUGGAGAAGCAGUGGGCAGCCUCCCCGAUGACUGUAACUUGGUGACGGCGCUGUCCCUUCAGGUGCGCAACCACAGAAAUCUUCACGAGUGCCCUGGAGAGAUCCUCCUCAGUCCGAGGAACCUGAGCUCUCUGGUGGGUGCCUCUGCCACAGCCUCUCCCUCUUCCUUGCACAGCUCCAACUAUGUGGUCAUCACCAUUAUGGAGCCUCCGCCGGAGUCUGGCCCUCAGACAGGGCCCUUGGCAGGCCGUAGCAGGGACUACCGCUCCUCCAGCCUGGAUUCCAUGGCUUCUAUCACACAGAGAUGGACAGUGUGGAAUUGUGCAGCGUUGCUGUGUCAGACGUCAGCCCGGGCCCUGGUGUGGCUCCUGGGUCUGCUGUAUUUCAGCUCUCUUCCUUUGGGCGUCUACUUGCUCAUAAUGCAGAAAACCACCUUGGGCGUGCUGCUGGUCAGCUUGGUGCCCGCUAGCCUGCUCAUGAUCAUGGCAUAUGGGCUCUGCCAGUGCCUUUGCCACGAAUUUUGGGACUGCGUGCCACCCUAACAACCAAAGGGCAACCAUCCACAUCACCAGCCUGACUUUACUGUGACGUGUUGCUCCAGCGUGGUUAGAGGACACCAUUUAUAUGGAUACAAUAUUAUAUCCAUUAUUUGCCACCACAGUUUUGGAUAGUUUGGAACCAACAAAAAUAAAUAAUAUAUGAUGGGGCAAUGGACACAACAGAACAUAAGUAGAAGUAGUUUUCAGCUAGCAAAAGUAGCAUUACCAAUAGCUCUCUGUUUUGCUAACAGCUGCUUUGAAAUGUUUGUCAUUUUGAAGAACUGGUCCACCAAACACUGACAAAAAACAACUCUUCUUCAGCAUUAAGAACUUUAAAUAUGUAAUUAAUUAGCUUUUAAAAAUACUUUAAAUGAAGGAUUAUCUGCAUAUUUAUAGAGCACUCAACUGAAUAUGGAGGUUGUAUGUUUGCCUAACUGUAAACAUGACUGAGGGCUGUCUUUCACACGUUCAAAUGUUUGUAUGCAAAAAGUUGAGGAAUGUUAGUCUGAGCCACCAAAUGCACUCCUUUGCAAAGUAACUGAUCUAUGAUUAUCCCUUAAUGAUCAAAUGUCAUAAAUAUGAUUUCUCUGUGAUUUAUGGAAUUUGCAAAAACAGAUCAAUGUCUUGAAUAUAACAUGUUGUGUCAAUGCAUUGUGACUUUAGCAGUCUUUUUGUCAGCUAUCAUUUUUGUGACAAGAAAUUAAAUGAUGAAACACUUUUGGAA